UCUCUAUAUCACCAUCCUCAAGCAAUAACAGCGCUAUAUUUUCCUAAAGAAGAAGAAAAAAAUGACAAACACCCGUAGAUCCUCAGGCUCUCAGGCUGCAGCAGCAACCGAGAAUGCUUCUUCGACAACUGAGAGUCCAGAGGUUUCUAAUGGAUCUCCUUCUGCUGUCGAUAGUACUCACCAGGCAGCCGAGACUGUUCAUGAGAAGGAGGACCAGAAACUCGAGGCCAAUGAUCCAGACUUGCUCGCAAGUAAUAAAGAAACAACCGAACCAUCGAGUGAAGCUUCAACAACACCUAUCAAUAAUGCUGAAGUUCAGGAAACGGAUCCAGCCAGGUCUCAGCCAGCUGAAGAGAUUAAGCAGCAUGAACUUGAGCAUAAGGAGCCAUUAGAGCAACCUAUUACGGAUGGAUCCACAAGAGGAGCCGAUAGGGACGUUCUGAGUCAUAAGGCUGAAGCCGAUGCACCUGUUGACCCUGCUAGUGCUGCUAUUGCCACUGAUAGCCAAGAGAAUGGAAGUUCUGAGAAUGAUACAAAGGUGCAAUAUGUGGGGGAAGAGCAUGAAGUGAACAAACAUGCUAAACGCCCUGUGGAGCAAGACUCGAACACCCUUGCGGAAGAAGCCCAAGAUUACAGUGCGGGAGCGUACAAAUCACCGUUCAGACACACCCAUAAGGCUGAGAAGGCUGGCAAGGAAGAACGUUAGAGAAAUGUUUUAAAAUAAAAAAUGC